GACGCCUUAGCUACAUUGAAGUAAUUUCACUUUGGGCCAUCAUCUUCAUAUAAUUGCAUAUGGGACUAACAUUUCGUUCACUAUUCGCUUGUAAACAAGGUGUCAAACUGAUGUUGAGGCGAAAAAUUAUAAUAAAUUAAAAUGUUUUAUCACAUAAGCUUGGAACAUGAGAUUCUGUUGCAUCCCAGAUAUUUUGGACCUUCAUUGCUCGAUACAGUCCGACAAAAGUUGUACACAGAAGUCGAAGGCACCUGUACUGGAAAAUAUGGUUUUGUCAUAGCUGUUACAACAAUUGAUGAUAUUGGUGCGGGAAUAAUUCAGCCGGGACAAGGCUUCGUAGUUUAUCCUGUAAAAUAUAAGGCGAUAGUAUUCCGUCCGUUCAAGGGCGAGGUCCUUGAUGCGGUUGUAACACAAUUAAACAAAGUCGGAAUGUUUGCGGAAAUCGGUCCUUUAUCAUGUUUUAUAUCACACCAUUCCAUUCCAGCUGAUAUGCAAUUUUGCCCUAAUGGGAAUCCUCCAUGUUAUAAAAGCCAAGACGAAGAUGUUGUGAUUACAGCUGAAGAUAAAAUAAGAUUAAAAAUCGUUGGAACAAGAGUUGAUGCUACUGGAAUUUUUGCUAUCGGAACAUUAAUGGAUGAUUAUUUGGGUCUUGUUGGGAGUUAAAAGUUAUGUCACAGGAUAUUAUUUACAGGAUGUAAUAAAAAAAAAUUAAGAAUAAACUGUAUGAAAACCAUAUGAAAAUAAAUGAUGAU